GGGUAGGUUGUCUAUAAAAGAAACAAGCAAGCUCUCAGAAAACCAGAGAAAAGACCAAGAACUAAACAUCCGAAGAUGAAUCAUCUUGGCCUGCUUGCCAUCUUCCUCUUCUUGUCCAACCUGGAAGCUUUCCAGUACGACAAACUGGCCCAAUACGUGGACAACCAUGAAGAAGAGUAUGUAGAGGUUCUGCGGGAGUGGGUUGCCGUGGAAAGCGACUCCAGCAACGUCAUGAAAAGGUCACAUGUGCACCACAUGAUGGACGUGACGGCUGAGAAACUGAGGCAAGUGGGAGGAAGCGUCCAGUUAAUCGAUGUUGGAAAUCAAGAGUUCCCCGACGGACGGAGCAUUAUGUUGCCCAAAGUGGUGACGGCUCAGUUUGGGAACGACGUCAACAAGAGCACGGUGUGCAUCUACGGUCACACCGACGUCCAACCAGCAAAACUCGAGGACGGCUGGGCGACUCCUCCGUAUAACCUGACUGAAGUCGACGGAAACCUGUAUGGCAGAGGAGCAUCAGACAACAAAGCUCCGGUUUUAGCGUGGAUCCACGCUGUGGAGGCCUACAAGAUGCUUGACAUGGAAUUACCAGUCAACGUGAAGUUUGUCAUUGAGGGCAUGGAGGAAACAGGCUCCAAUGGUCUGGAUUCCAUGAUUCUGUCUCACAGAGACACGUUCUUCGCCGAUGUGGAUUACAUCAUCAUUUCAGACUGCGGCUGGCUCAGCAGAAAGCCGGCUUUGACCUACGGUACUCGGGGCAACUGCUACUUCUUUGCCGAGGUUCAAGGCCCCAAGCAGGACUUACACUCUGGUGUUUACGGAGGCACCGUCAUAGAACCAAUGACCGACAUUGUUGGUCUACUUGAUACACUCAUCAGUCCGAACGGCAAGAUCUUGAUUCCUGGGAUCAGGGAGGCCGUCGCUCCUCUCACUGAUGAAGAAUGGAAAAUGUACCAGGAUAUCCAGUUUGAUCUGGAUCACUACAAGAGCAAGAUUGGUGUGGAUCAGCUUAUGUACAGUAACAAGGUGGACCUGCUGGCUCAUAGGUGGCGCUAUCCGACCGUCUCCAUCCACGGCAUUGAGGGAGCGUUCUCUGACCCUGGCACUAAAACUGUCAUCCCUGCUAAGGUUACUGCUAAAUUCUCCAUUAGGCAAGUUCCUAAUAUGGACCCUGUUACGGUGGAAAAACAGGUGCGAGACUACCUGCACUCUGUGUUUGCCAAAAGGAAAAGUCCAAACACGCUAAAAGUCACCAUGGUGAUCGGAGCCAAGCCUUGGUUAGCUGACACCAAAGAUCCUCUUUACGAGGCCGGCAAAGCUGCUGUCAAGAGAGUUUUCAAUAGCGAUCCUGAUAUGAUCCGUGAGGGUGGGACCAUCCCAAUUGCCAAAACCUUCCAAGACGUGACUGGAAAAAGCAUCAUUAUGAUUCCCAUUGGAGGCUUUGAUGAUGGGCUGCACUCCCAAAAUGAGAAAAUAAGCAGAUACAACUACAUUGAAGGGACCAAGUUAUUUAUUGCAUACCUGCAUGAAGUCGCACAGAUUAAGGAGGACGGCGUGUGAGACAUUUUCUCUUCCCGUGUAUUUGUACAAGCCAUUCUUAAUGAAAUACAUGCAUACUGUAAUAUAAUCAUAUCAUGUUUUGUGUCAAUGUCAGCGUUUAUGGCAACGGGAGUUUUCUUUCUUUCUAAUGUGUAUUUCAUAUUUAGUUUCAUGUCUCAUAAUUCUAAAAAACAUGAAUAAAAUGCCCUUUGUGGCCAUGUAGUAACAGGCACA